GGUCCAGUCCGGUCCGGUGUGGUUAUGGCCGCCGCUGCCGCAGUUCGUAGCAGACUGCAUUGGACUGCAACCUAUUGUUGUCACGGUGUACCAAAACGUAAUUUAGUGACACAAAGGAGGGUUGUCCGCGUCAAUACCAACUCUCCACACCAAAACAACUUCGGGUGUUGUCAAACCCAGGUCAGGGGUCAACAUUCAUCUUGUCAAUUUAACAACUACAGCAGUAACGGGACAUUUGUCCAUUUCCAAAGACAUUUUCAUCGGUCAAAGCAGAUACAUGCCAUAAGUAACCAUCCUCUUAUUGUGGGACUAGUGUUUCAUUAUCAUGAACCAAUCAGAUUGCACCAACCAUGUCACCAGCCAGUCAGAUUACUUUUUCAAUGUCACCAUCUAAUCAGAAGCCUGUCAUCGCACGUGACCAAGUCAGACGAAAAGAACUUGGAUCCAUACAAACUUGUUGAACUUGAGCUACAGUCUCUAAGCAGGGAGAUUAAAAAGGAAAUUACCACAAGCUAUGAUUCUCUCAGCCAGAUUGCAUCUUAUUACUUCGAUGGCAAAGGAAAAGGAUUUCGACCCAUGGUCAUUAUGCUGGUGGCCAGAGCAUGCAACAUGCACGAACAACUCAGUGAGGUUUUGCUGUACUCCCAGAAGCGUGUGGCGAUGAUUGCCGAGAUAAUUCACACAGCCAGUCUAGUUCACGACGAUGUCAUUGACGCCUCCGACACCAGAAGAAACAAACCCAGCAUUAACUGCAUAUGGGGCCAAAGAAAAGCAAUCUUGGUGGGUGAUUACAUCCUAUCUGUCAGCUCCAUCAUUCUGGCUCGACUCCGAAACACGGAAGUCGUCUCAAUUUUAUCACAGGUUAUUGAUGAUCUGGUGCGAGGUGAGUUCAUGCAGCUUGGUUCCAAGGAAGAUGAGGAUGAGCGGUUUGCUCACUACCUGAAGAAAACCUUUAAGAAAACCGCCAGUCUUCUCGCCAACAGCUGUAAAGCUACUGCAGUCCUAGGCAAGUGCUCUGAAGAGGUGGUGGAAAUUGCCUACCAGUAUGGAAGAAACAUUGGCAUAGCCUUCCAGCUGAUGGACGACCUGCUGGACUUCACGUCGAGCGAUGCUGUGAUGGGGAAGCCGACCUCUGCAGAUCUCAAGCUGGGUCUGGCCACCGCUCCAGUCCUCUUCGCCGCACAGACGUAUCCUGAACUACACGUGAUGAUAAUGCGGAGAUUCAGUUACGAUGGAGACGUGCAGAAAGCGAGGUACUAUGUAGCACAGAGUGAUGGAGUUGCACAGACGCGGUUCUUGGCUACCCAGCAUGCAAAGGAAGCGGUGCGACUGUUAAAACUACUUAAACCGUCAGAUUCCCAGUUGGCGCUCAUCAGUCUUGCCGAGAUGGUUUUGAAGAGAACAAAAUAAUGCUGGCUUGUUUUAGGAAUAUAUUCUGUAUUAGCGUCAUUGAAAAGACGAUUGUGGGAAAAAACCCCAACCUUAUUUAAUAUUCUUUUAUUGAAUACAAAAAAGAAAAAAAUUAGUUAUGAAAUAUAUGGCUUUUAUAAGAAA